UUGAGCCACAAUAAUGUAAAUGAACUAAAUCUUUCUUAAUGAUCCAGAUGGAGAUGGGUUUGUGCCGAACCUCCAGUUGGUGGCAGUAACCCACCAGUUGGUUCCGGUCCAACAUCAGAGCAGAUCAGGUUCGGAUCAGGGUUCUGACGGUGUAGGAGUCUGAAACAGAUCAGAUUGAAAUCCAUCAUGUGUUGUGAUUAAUCCAGAGUCGGAGCUGCUCUGUAGCCGUUGUCCUGGUGGCUAACAGCGGGUUAGCACCGUUAGCCUGCAGCGGCUAACUCGUUUUCACAUUAAAAGUCGCUGUUAGUCGCAGCUACAAUGGAAACAACAGCGACGAAAAGACGAGACAACAAGAAAUCCCUGCGGGUUAAAGUCAUCAGCCUGGGGAACGCCGAGGUGGGGAAGAGCUGCAUCAUCAAGCGCUACUGUGAGAAGAGGUUUGUUCCAAAGUACUUGGCAACAAUCGGCAUCGAUUACGGAGUCACAAAAGUUCAGGUCAGAGACAGAGAAAUCAAGGUGAACAUCUUCGACAUGGCCGGACAUCCCUUCUUCUAUGAGGUCCGUAACGAGUUCUACAAAGACAGCCAGGGAGUUCUGCUGGUGUACGACGUGGGGCUCAGGGAGAGCUUCGACGCCCUGGACAGCUGGCUGGGGGAGAUGAAGCAGGAGAUGGGCUCUCAGGCCAACAUGGACAGCAUCGUCUUCGUCGUCUGCGCCAACAAGGUGGACCUGACGAAGCGGCGGGUGGUGGAUGAAGGUGAGGGUCGUCUGUGGGCGGAGUCCAGAGGGUUCCACUACUUUGAGACGUCGGCACAGAGCGGCGAGGGCAUCAACGAGAUGUUCCAGGCGUUCUUCUCCUCCAUCACUGACAUGUGUGAGAACGGCGGGAAGCGGCCGGUGUCAGAGGUCAGCGUGGGCUUCACCAAGGAGCAGGCCGACACCGUUCGACGCAUCCGCAACAGCAAGGACUCCUGGGACAUGCUGGGGGUGAAGCCGGGCGCCACGCGGGAGGAAGUGAACAAGGCGUACAGGAAGCUGGCCGUCCUGCUGCACCCGGAUAAAUGCGUCGCCCCCGGCAGCGAAGACGCCUUCAAGGCGGUGGUGAACGCUCGCACCUCGCUGCUGAAGAACAUCAAAUAACAGAGACAGAGAACCAACACGGUUCCUCAUUUAUCUGGAUAUUUAUUCUGUCUCUGUGCCACAGUGCUGUUUGCCAACCUUAACCUUUAACCUGAGGACAGGCGGGUCUGACGAUGAGGACGACAGAGUCCACCAGAACCAACCAGGUCCAUUUAGAGAUCUGAGUCUGUCACUGAGAUAUUAUUUAGAUUUAACAUCUAUUAUUUAAAUAUUUUUAUUCUUUUCAAAUGUUUAGAAAAGUUUCCUGUUUUUUGUAAAAAUUUUAAUUUAAAGUUAUAAUUUUCUUCCAUAACAUUGUAAAAAUGUGUAUUUUAAAAUCUAAAUUAAAUAUUUAUUAUUUUCACAUCUGAACUGAUUAAUUAAUAUCAGGAUUCUUUUAAAAUGGUUCCCUAUUAAUAAUAAUAAUAAUAAUCUAAUUUUAAAUAAUUUAAACUUCUUUUAAUAUAUUACACUUUCUGUGCGCAUCCAAAUAUGUAAAUUAGGUUCACAAAUUUUUAGGGAAUACAUUUUUUAAAUAAGUUUUGUUUAGUCUUUUCAAAUAUUUAAUUUGGUUAUAUAUAUAGCACAGCAUUUAUAAAAAUGUCAAAAUUCUAAAGAAUUUCUACGUAAAUAUUGGCAGAUAAUCCUUAAAUUCUUUUUAGAAAUUUGAGAAUUACUUUAAAUGUUUAAUAUGGAUUUAUUUAGGAUUUAGUGUUAUAUUAUUAAUAAUAAAAUGUUUUAAAUGAAAUGUUCCAAAUUCAACAAGUUUAUAAAAUUAUUCCUAAAAUCAGAAACAAACUGAUGUUCUCAAAAACUGAUAAAAAUUAUAAUAAAAUUAAAUUAAAGGUAAAACUGAGUUAACUGAACAAAAUGACAUCAGCUUCAAAUUGGGCUCAGAAAUACUGCAGGAAGUUGUCAUUUCUAGAGUAAAUGUCACUUCCUGUUGCUCUCAUAAUGUUUGUGUUCUGCAGCUGAUGGACCGGCUCGGUUCUGUUGGUGUUCUGUUCAUCAGAACCUCACUGUGUUUAUAAAGGUUCCCAGGUGAACGGGUCAUGUGGGGUCAAAGUGCAUGCUGAAUGUUGAGAUGUGAUCCUUUACGUUCCAAACAAAAUAACCAGAACCAGAACCAGAACCCGACCAGCAUGGCGCUCAGUCAGAGCAGGAACCAAUCAGGAUAUCUGUCCAAUUACCCAUAAUCCAUCUGGAAAGUUUAUUUACUCAAUAAUUUAAUUAAUCAGUUAUAACUUGUGAUUUAAACCAUUUUUAAAGUUUCACAUUUUAGAGUCAUUUGUUCACCUGAUAUUCAUUCAUUUAUAAAUGUCAGUUUCAAACUACAUUUUAUAUUUUAAAAGCUAAAUAUUUAGUUUGAAGCUAUGUAUUUAGCUUGCCAACUAAAUAUUUAAUUUCAUACAAAAUAUUUAAUUUGGAGCUAAAUAGUUAGCUUGCUAACUACAUAUUAAGUUAGUAAACCAUUUAGCUUACUAACACUAUCUUUAGAUUUUAAACUAAAUAUUUAGUUAGCAAGCUAACUAGUUAGCUACUAAUUAAAUACUUGGUUUGAAGCUAAACAGUUAGCUUAGUUAGAUUUCUCACCUUCAUAUUAACUCAUUUUCAUCAACAAUUUUUAUCAUUUUAUCUGAAAUCUUGGUUUAGUUGGUUUAAUUUGCAAGUUUAGUGAUUAUAAAACAUUUCUCGGAAACUGUUUGGAUGUUUUUUGCAGAAGUUUACCAGAAUAUUUAAGUUCAUUUUUUAUUUUCCAGUGAAAUGAUAAGAAUCUCCUCAUUUCCACUGCCAAACGUUAAAUCCUGUCCUUCAUCGUUCAGUUUUAACUGGACUUUCUUCCCUUUACGUUGCCAUAGAAACGGUCAGCAUGUUUCCCCUGAAGGUUUACAUGAAGGAUCCAACAGAACCAUCUGAGACUGUUUACGGACAUUUAUCAGGUCGCCUGUUUGCUAACAGCUGGCAUGGAUACAUGUUAUUAUUCCAGUUUUAUAUUUUUACAUGUUUGUGUCCACAGGAAUGAAUAAAAUCAGCCUGAGCUUCCACAUGUUCAAUCAAA